AUGAAGAAGAAAACUAUGUGGGAUACCAUAGGCAGUAAGUUUCAAGACAUGGGAUAUGGGUUCGGUAGCGAACAAAAAUGUGGAAGAUGGAAGUCGCUGAUGAGAGCGUACAAGAACACGAAGGAUAGUAACAAAAAGUCAGGUAGCUGUAGGAAAACAUUUGAAUACGAAGAUCAAUUAGAUGAACUGUUUGCGAAGGAUCCAACUAUUCAACCUGAAUGCACUUUGUCCUCUAAUUCAACUACGGUUUCAAAAGGAUCUGCAAGCGAUGAAACUGACAAAGACGAUGAUAGUUCAUCUUCUAGUACUCCAGAAGUUCCAAAGAAGAAGGCUUCCCGUUCAAAUGCUAGUGAACUGGUUACUCUCUUUAAGACUUACCUUAAAAAAAGAAAGAGAGAAAAAAGAAAGAGAAAGACGUGA